UAGUCUAAUCUUCUCACUGAAAUGGUCUGUGUAUAGGAAGUCAAAGCACGGCAGUGCACCAUUUUCUUUAUAUGCAAUGAUAAGAUCUGAACUCUAUGCUUUAUAGCAGUAUUAUAAAUUAACAGGUUAUUUGUUCUCUCAGUAGUGCUUUAAUUCCUUCAAUGGAGAAUGAAAAAGAAUCUCUUCAUGUAGUGAUGUUCCCAUGGCUAGCCAUGGGCCAUAUCAUACCUUUUUUCCAUCUAUCCAAAUGCUUAGCUCAGAGGGGUCACAAAGUCACCUUCAUAUCCACUCCAAGAAAUAUUGAAAGAUUAGAUAAAGUUCCCACUGAACUUGAUCCCCUUUUGCAUAUUGUGAGCUUUCCUUUGCCUAAAGUAUCCAACUUGCCAGAUGAUGCAGAAUCUUCAAUGGACAUACCUUACCAAAAAGCUCAGUUCUUGAAAAUCGCUUUCGAUUUGCUCGAAACCCCACUAACCACUUUUCUUGAAAAUUCAUCACCAGAUUGGAUUGUCUAUGACUAUGCUUCUCACUGGCUACCUAAACGUGCACACGAUUUAGGCAUCUCACGCGCGUUUUUUAGUCUCUUUACUGCUGCAACUAUGGCCUUUUUUGGACCUCCUUGGGCUUUGUUGAAUGAUGAAAGGUCAAUCCCCGAGGAUUAUACAGUUGUUCCGAAAUGGAUUCCUUUCGAGACGAAAGUCGUUUAUCGACUACACGAGAUUAAGAAGAACUUCGAAGCACCAGCAGAUGAAUCCGGUACCACUGAUGGAGCCCGAUUUGGUGCUUCAAUUGAUGGAAGUGAUGUUGUAUUGUUUAGAACUUGUGUUGAGUUCGAACCGGAAUGGUUCAACUUGGUUUCUGAGCUUUUUCAGAAACCCAUAUUAUCCAUCGGUGUCCUGCCUCCAUCUGUAAUACAAGAUGAAAAUUUAGACAGAAAUGAAAAUGAUACAACCUGGCUUAGUAUCAAGAAUUGGCUCGAUAAGCAAAACCAAGACUCGGUGAUAUAUGUUGCACUUGGAACUGAAGCAACAGUUAGUCAAAAAGAGAUAAAUGAGCUAGCCCUGGGGUUAGAGAAGUGUGGAUUACAUUUCUUUUGGGUAAUUAGGAAUCAACCAAGACAUAAACAAGAAGACACACAGAUUCAACUUCCUGAUGGUUAUGAAGACACAGUAAAAAACAGAGGUAUAAUAUACAGAGGAUGGGUCCCACAGACAAAGAUACUAAGUCAUUCGUGUAUCGGGGGAUUCUUGACUCACUGUGGAUGGAACUCAGUCAUAGAGGCGCUUUGUUUCGGACGGGUUUUGAUUAUGUUCCCAGUGAUGAAUGACCAAGGUUUGAAUACUAGGUUGUUGCAAGAGAAAGGGGUUGGUGUAGAAAUACCAAGAGAUGAAAAAGAUGGAUCUUUUACUAGUGAUUCAGUGGCUGAAACUGUGAAGUUUGCAGUGGUGAGUGAAGAGGGUGAGUCUUUGAGAGCUAAUGCAAGACGAGUGAGCGGUUUGUUUGGAGAUAGGAAUAGAAAUGGACAACUUAUUGAUGAUUGUGUUGGUUAUUUGAUGGAAAAGAGGAUAGGCAAAUCUUCUAGGUGAUUAAUAUUUGGCCAAAUAAAAGAAGAGCACAAUCUUGUUGACAUGUCGACAAUAAUAUGAGUUAAAAUGGAAGUCCUUGUAAUCUUGUUUUUUAUUUUAUCUUUUUCAUUUCAAAUUGAAUUACUGUUUCUUUUCAGGAAGUCCUCA